AUGACGUAUCCGAAGUUUGUGGAGGGCGAGGUGGUGGUCUUUGUAUACGCACCUCGAAAGAAGACCUCCAAGCGCUGGAACAGGAAGCAGCAGCCACAUGUCCUUCCUGCAAACUCGUCGCCGUUCGAACGGGAGAAAAAUGCCAACACAUCACCUGCCCCAACCCUUGCGGUCAAAACUACUGCUCCCAAUGCUCAAGGGAUUGGAAAGAAUGUAACGGAUUACAAAGCGGCAGGCAGCUCAAGUCAAAACGUCAUCAAGACAUUACUGCUUAAUCUCAAGCGUGAUGUCGAGUUGGAAAUGCGACUGUUGGAGCAACAUAAGAAGGCGAAAAAGAAAGUGGCUGUUCUCAAGGAAGAUUGCGAUUCUUUUCUGUCCAUCAUCAAGCAAGCGUUGGAGGAUGAUGCAAUCACUCAUGCGAGAGUUGCAGAGAUCAAAGAGUCGGUUGAGAAAUUCUUGGAACCGUUGAAAAUGGCACGAGGGGUUGAGGUCUUGGAGGAAGAAGAAGAAGUCGUAUACCGUAAAAACUGGAGGAAGCGUGGUCCUUCUCCCGAUCCUCCGUUUGCGGCGAUCAAAAAGACCAAGACUGUGGCUGUGGCUGAGGAAGAGGAGGAAGACGCAGAGAAAGAUUCGGAUGAUCUUGAUCUGGAAAAAAGCUUGACAGCUGCUCUGUGA